UCUUAACAAAUUUAUUGAAGCUAGAAGCAUGCAUCAAUGACCUAUAAAUGGUUCAUGUUUACAUCUACAGUGCAGCGUAAUUCAAAAUCAUGUAAACAAACCGCGUACAAUCAAGGUUUCAAGUGAAUAACAAUUAUUCUUGGAUGAAUCAAGUUAUCGUACAUGGAAAUAACCAUGACAUCAUCGGUAAAACAAUUCCUGGAAUCGGACACUCCUAUCUUUUAAAAUAUAUUGGUAAUUUUCAACAGUUACGAUGGAAUUAGCACCCAAACGAAAACCGAUUACAAAUUUAUUAAUGGGCCAAGAAUCGAUUAAAUUCAUGUUUAAGUAUUUCCAAACAAACUUGAAGACAAACCAUGGAUUUCUCCGUUGUGAAUACUGCACUUUCAAAACUGAUGAGUUGAGCGUGAAGAAAAGUUAUUACCUAUUGGGGGUGCCUUAUGGAAGUGACCAGGAAACCGUUCGACAGGCAUUUGUUCAACUGGUCAAGAAAUAUCAUCCUGACAGCGGCUCAGAGAAGGCGGAUCCACAGCGAUUUCAAGAGAUAGAAAAUGCUUAUAGAAGACUACAAAAGAAAUUCUCUGAGGACAGGUGGAAAAAGAACGAAGGAGUGGGAGAAUAUGGAUUAUACUAUGAUGAAAAGAAAGGGGCACAAAAAGGAGUUGAAGAACAGAAUAUUAAUUGUUCAUGA